AUGGCAGAGAAAAGCAGCAGCAGCAUUUCUGGCAGGGCCGCUGCCAGCUCCUCUUCCAAUAAAACCAAGUCACCCUCUGGGUACCCUCUGAGCAUCUGCAAGGAUGCUCCUUUGCAGCUGGUGCAAGAAUCUGCUGAAGAAUGCCCUGCAAACCCUCUGCGGACAUCACUAUUGCUUGGCCUGGAUUGUACGCCAUCCAAGUUGGUGGUCAUCACUGCCUACAGUGCGAGGUUCUUUAUCUUUAAACUGGACUUGAACUGGAGACCUUUCAAACAGGGGGCUGUACACUGUGGGUUGGUGGAGCUGAACUUGAAAGUGGUCAAGGGGAAUGCAGAAGAUAGGAAAGAGUACGAGAAGUAUACUGAGGGGACACACUUGAUGAUAUUGCUCCAGCAUGUGAAACAGCUGAAGGCAAGCUUGACCCUUCCUACUGCACACUUGAUACGCACUUGAUUGAUUGAUUCCAAUGUUCUGAUGAGGUUCUUCUUGAGCAUGAAACUGCAGGGGGCUUUGGCCACGGACUGUUCCUCCAGGCUCCCUCUGUGUGAGGAGGGGGACAAAGGCUCACAGGCACUCAUGACAGCCAGUGGGGUCGCCUUGCUGGAAGGCAAGCUGCAGGUCUUUGAGAACAUUGCGUCUGUGCUGAGCAAGGAGAUGGUUGCCUCUUGGCUGAAGAUUGUGGCAUUCCGGAGCCAGAGCGGCCUUGACCAGGAUAUGAUCCAUGGCUUGGAGCUGAAGUCUUAUUUUCUCCAGCGAUGCCUUGUGCAGAAAGAUGUUGCUUUGAGCAGGUUAGAGCAGAGACUUCUCUCAUCAGAGCAAGUGUCCUAGGAUGGUGUCUUCCUGUGGAAGACUACGGAUGUGCAUCAGAGGUGCUACAAAAAUGUGUGUGGAUUCCAUUCUCCCAAUAAAAAUUUGACUUCUUGUGUUUCUCCAGCAUUCUACACUUAGCAAUAUGGCGACAAGCUCUGCAUGAGGAUUUACCUGAAUGGUGAAGGGAGAACACACCUCUCACUCUUUCUGGUGCUACUGAGAGGUGACCAUGAUGCUGUUCUGCAGUGGCCUUUUGUCCACAAGGUAACCUUUACAUUACUUGGUCAGAAUGAUGGAGACCAUCUUGUCAAUACUCUCCACCCAGAUCUAGAGUCUUCUUCCUUUCAGAAGCCUGCGGCUGAUAUGAAUGAGUCAGUUGGCUUCCCCAGGGUUGGUCCUUUGGCCAAACUACAUUCUCUGAAACAUGCCUAUUUAAGAGAGGGCACUCUGUUCCUCAAGUGUGCUACAGAAGCCAGAUCAUGA